GGAGGUGGCAUUCACGGUAUCCUAAAGGGCUCCAACUCGCAUAACCUCACUCCGGACAAAGCACACGCGCUGGCGGUGGCCGAGGCUGCUGUGAAGAACAUGCGAGGCAAGGCGCGCGUGGAAGUGCCCAUGGUGACCGUAGGACUGCACCAGUCUACACAAGCGGCACACAGCGAACCCGGUGGCGCACCCAAA